CGAGGCAAUGUCGCGUAACGGUGAGAGCCCCCAAAACUGGGGCACCAAGCUAUUCAUAGCCUUCCGAGCACUGAUCAAUGUGGCAACCAUGGCUGGUAUCACGAUUGCUCUUGAUCAAUGCUUUACUCGCCUUGCUGGCAACGACCCCAGCCUCUACUGGUUCCUCGCUCUGUUCACUUGGCGCUAUCUCCGGUUUAUUAUCAACCUGGUUGCGUUCUGGUGUUACUCCCCCUCUCCCAUUCUCGGCAGACCUCUUUACACUCCCUCCAAAGAUGUCACGGCUGUCAUACCCACUGUUGCCCCCGACAGCGCCGACUUCUACGAGACACUCCGGACAUGUGCCGAUAACGGGCCGGCAAAUAUCCUCAUCGUUGCCCCGGGCAAGGUACUCUUCGCCAAGGCACGCUCCAUCGUUGCCGAGUUGACAGCUCAAUACCCUUCGGUGCAGUUCAGGGUCCUCAAGUCGGAGAUUGUCAGCAAACGGGGCCAGGUGGCCGUCGCCAUCCCGCAUAUCGAAACCGACAUCGUGGUUCUGCUCGACGACCAUGUCUUUUGGGGACCACGCUUUCUCGAAUCACUGCUGUGUCCCUUCGCCGACACUGCAGUCGGCCUGGUUGGCACCAACAAGCGAGUCAUUCGCCUCGACGGCCUCAAUCUCUGGGGCAGGAUCUGGAACAUGCUCGGGGCGACCUACCUCUGCCGGCACAACUUUGAGAUUCGUGCCACUAACACGGUCGAUGGCGGUGUCUUUGUCAUUUCCGGCAGGGCCUGCGCCAUUCGCACCGAGAUCUUGCAGCACCCCCACUUUCUCCGCGGCUACACCAACGAGAUGUUCUUCUUCGGCAAGUUCGGACCCCUGAACCCCGACGACGACAACUACAUCACUCGUUUCGUUGUGCGCCAAGGGUGGAAGAUCAAGAUCCAGUACACUGAUGACUCGGUUUUGGAAACCAAAGUCGGCGUCGAGAAGCCGCUCGCCACCAAGUUCCUCGGCCAGUGCCAGCGUUGGGUGCGGACGACUUGGAGGUCGAACCUCUGCAGUCUCAUCACGGACCGGACAGUGUGGACAACGCAGCCGUAUUGCGUCUACUCUGUAUAUCUGACCUCGCUUACCAACUUUGCAGCCGUCACCGAUCCCCUGCUCGUCUACCUCUUCACCCACAGCUCCGCCUACACCUCGGGUCUCCGACUGGCCUGCCUGAUCGAUGUCAACAACAGUGGCGACGCCGGCUCGAGCAAGAACGGAACGGGUGAAGACGACUAUACCGGUCCCGAACAUCUCCACGUCCUCGCCCUCCGCGCCAUCCGAAUCCGCAUCGAACAGCUGCAAAAGUUUCACACUAACCACAUCAAGCGCUAUCAGGAGCCCAUCCUGGCGGAGCUGAACUACAUCAAGGCGGCGCUCAAGGCGCUCCACCGCGAACACCAGGCCAUCUGCGACAACCUGGUGAUCAUCCAAGAACGUCUUGGCGAGGUCGCCAUCCAGGCGGAUGGAGCCGGCAAGGCCGAGGGGCUCGCCGCCGAGGCCCAGGCCACCAUCACCAAGACCAUUGAGGACCUCACGGCGGCCAUUGCCGGGGUGGAAGAGAGGUGGUAUCAGGCUCUGUCGGAGAAUGCUGAGACUGCUCAAGAGUAUGCGUCUUCUGCCAAGUCUGAGAAGCUUGAGAACGUUGAGACGGCUGUCAACUCGGAAAAGGACGAGAACGGUUCUUCGGAAGACGAUUGUUGCUUCUAGUAAUCGCUCGUUAUCUUCAGUGCGGC